GCGCGUGCGUGUGUGUGUGUGUGGCUGUGGCUGUGCCCACGGAAAACCGGGGCUGGAACUUUGUGAUCCUUGGAGAAAGCAUGGAGGCUGAAGCCUUUGACUGCACGCCCGCCCGCUGCCCUUACGAGAGGGCCCUGCUGGCACCGCAUUUCUGACGUUACCAGCCUCUUCGACUGACAUGGUUUUUCUCAGAUGAGCCGCCUUAACGAUUUAGAGUAGUUAGCUGUUGCAUUUUUUUUUUCACCCCGUAGAGGAAGUUACACACUAAGGGAGAUGGAGAUGAUCUCUUCCCCCAAGUUUAUUUUCUUAGAGGUCUCAAAACCCACUCUGGGUCAUCAUUGCAGAAGCUUGGGGUACUCUGCUAAUUCAGGACCAUGACUUAGGCCAACGCGAUGAUGUUCAGGGCCUGUUUCACAGAUUUCAGUGUUUCUGCCAUGUAGCUGUGUAUGCAUCCUGCAUUUCACAAAAUGACCAGGAUGAACGAGAAGGGUUAACGGGCCCAGAGGCCUCUUGAUUGGAUGAGAUUGGAGCAUAGAAUAUGCUUCUGUCCACAUUUUAGUGCAUUGCAAGUGCGACUGGUUAAUAGUGACUAUUCCAGGACGUAAGAUGUCUGGGGUUUUUGUUGACCUUGCAUGAUGGUCAGCGAAUUUGUUCGCUUUCUCUGUAUGAUUUUGUAUCCUCGGGAGAGCUCUUGCACACCCUUAAAAGUACGUAGUGCGGUGGGAGUAACAAAACUGUAUAAACAGGGUUGAGAUUUUCUUUGCUGUUGCUGCUUUUUAUCCUGGGGUGGGGGUGGGGGGGAGGAAAUCAGCUCUUUUUCCUCCAGAGAGAGCUCUGAUUCCGUCACCAGCCUAUCAAAAUAAGCUUCUGGAUUUAAGCUUCCCGGUGGAAGGUCAGCCAGUUCCACCGUGUGCACCUGUCCCAUUUCGGUUAUGCUUCCUAGGAGGCAAGUUUCUUGUAAAGCCUGCCUGUAGACCUGCGGUUCCAGUUAUUGGCAGUCAUAUUUGUAGUGAAACCAAAUGUUUUUUUUCUAAAAGUAGAAGGGUGACUUUUCAUAAUGGUGAGACAACAGUGGUGAUCUAGCUUUAAUUUCUACUAGCAGAUGUAGAGGGAAAAAGAAUGCUGUACUUUCAGGGGAUUACUAUGAAGAGAACUGAUACUACCAAGACUUUUUUUUUGGGGGGGGGGCGUCUUCCUGAACCAAUUGUGUGUUGUCUAUACCACCUUGGUGAGGCUAAUAAUGAUUUGCUUGUAAGAUCAAGGAUGGUUCCGGAAAAGUCACACCCUACCCAAAACUCUUCUUAAAAAUCAUUGAUGAUUUAGUUUUUAUGAGUUACAAAUAGAAAAGUGAGAUUAAAGUCCUCCCUGGGAGGAGGGUGGAGGGUAGGUACAGCUAAGCAUUGUGUUGCUCUUGUGUGUGUUGUAUCUUUGGCAGUUAAACCACUUUGUUGCUGCUCAGUGUUCUGUUACUUGAAAGAUGUUUUGGUCUCUGUCUUUGUCUUUAGGCUAAUCUUUGAGAUGAGUGGUCAAAAAAUAUUUUCAUUAGUCUGAAUGCAACUUUUAAAAAUCCCUGUUUUUUUGCAAGUGCUUUUUAAAAUUAUUGAUCUCUCCUCAAAUAGCUACCCUGAGGGACGCCUGGGUGGCUCAGCCCAGGGUGUGAUCCUGGAGUCCUGGGAUCGAGUCCCACGUCGCCUCCCUGCAGGGAGUCUGCUUCUCCCUCUGUGUCUCUGUCUCUCUUUCUCUGUGUCUCUCAUGAAUAAAUAAAUAAAAUAUUUAAAAAAAAUAGCUACCCUGAGAAAUACUGCCUCUUUCCAUUUUUUUCCCCUUGUGUUUGGGGAUCUAGAAUUAGAACCCAGAACUUAGACCCUACCAUUUUUCUUUGCCUAAAAUUUAUCUUGUUUCCCAUCAUAUAAUCUUCAAUGACUCGUGGGACUUUACCAGAAUUCACAAGGGCUAUUUGCUAGCCUCAUAUUUAUAGCCGGCCAUCUGAUUUGGAAGUGAUAGAUUUUAAUUUUCUUUGGAAAAAAAAAAAAAAAACAUUUUUUUAAAGUAGGCUUGAUGGUGGAGUCCAACACACGGUGUGAACCCACGACCCUGAGAUCAAUACCUGAGUUGGAAUCAAGAGAGAGAUGCCUAACUGACUGAGCCAUCCAGGUGCCCCUAAUUUUUUUUUUUAAUUUUUUCUUCCAAUUUUUUAUUUAAAUUCUAGUUAGUUAACAUAUAGUGUAAUAAUGGUUUCAGGAGUAGACUUUCGUAAUUCUUCACUGACAUAGAACACCCAGUGCUUAUCAUAACCAGUGUCUUCCUCAAUACCCAUUUAGCCCAUCCCCCACCCACCUCCUGUCAACCAUGAGUUUGUUCUCUGUCCAUUCAUUGUUUCUCUUAUGGCUAUUUUGUCAGUGGAUCUGUGCUGAAGUCUGAUACUUAGGGUUUUUUGUAUGCAGGGAUAUUGUGUGGGCAUGAACACUUCCAUGUGGAGUGUGUUUGAGGGAAAAACACUCCCUUCUCUGGGUUCCCAGUACCAUUCAGGUUUACUGUUCUGUGUAUUCGAAUUCCAUGUAUUGCCAUGUCUGUCUGUCUGUCUCUCCUUUUGACUGGUCUCCAGCUUCACUUUUUGUAUUUGCCCCAGUGCCUGUAUAAUGCUGGGAUAUAGUAAGACUCAAGAAAUCUUGUUGAAUGUGAGUAAAUGAAUAAUUGAAUGGCCAAGUGGAUCCACCCUGUGAACUACUCAGAUCUGUAUGGGACACUACUGUGCAAGCAGAAGGGUCUCUUUCCAUUCCUUUUCUUCCUAGUCUUUUAAUUCAUUGCCUUUUCAUUGUUAAAUAUUACUUUAGAGUAGGAUAACAGUAUAAUUGUCAAACUGGGACACUUUUGAGAGAUAAAGGGGGUGCUAUAAAUUAUUAUGCCGCGUUCCUGGCUGUGAACGGAGACAUAUGGCCACCCUACUUUUGAAAGACAUUCUUUUAUUUACCUGUUUUGAUAUCUAUCACCCUGCCUGGGAAAUUUGACACGCUUCCUAGUUAAUGUUUGCAAACUCUUCUAUUUGCAGAAGCUUCAUUUGCAGUCCUCUGUUGGGUGUCUUUUGCUUAGUCACUCAAGGCUUGCCUACCCAGAGGCCUGCGGGAAGACCUUGGCCAUGCUCGCCUUUUCCUAUUUUCAUUGCUUCCGGGAGAAUGUCACAGGGUUUUCUGUUCGUUUCAGCUGUUUGUAGCUGGAAGAAGCAUAUAUUCUAGCUCCUGCUCUGCUUCCUAAAGUCUGUGUCUCUGCAAAGCAUUUAGUCCAUCCUGUAAGCCUUUCUCAUGAGUUCCUUUCCUUCUUGCUGACGACCGUCUUUGAGAGGAGAUCCGCUGAUGCCUUGCCAAGCCUUCAUGAUCAAAACAUUGGCCAGAAUCAGCUGCAAGUUAUCUGGAGUAGAGCAGAAAAAAAUAUUAUGCCUGUGUUCCCUUGGGACUCAUUGGACAUUGUACGGUGACAUCUUCUGGGAUUUAGACUGGAGUGUGCGGCCCGGUGCCCGACAUGGAGGUGGACGUCAACGGAGAGCCGCGCAGCGCCCCGGCCGCCGGGCCCGGGCCCGAGGCCUGCUCCCCGGGCAAGGCGGGGCCCGAGAGGCCGCGCUGCUCCAGCACGCCCUGCUCGCCGGCGCGCCGGACCGUGGCGGGCUACCAGAUCCUGCACAUGGACUCGAACUACCUGGUGGGCUUCGCCACCGGCGAAGAGCUCCUGAAGCUGGCCCAUAAGCGCGCGGCAGGCGAGGAGGCCAAGGGCGAGGCCGUGCCCUCCCUGCGCCCCAAGCAGCUGGACGCCGGCCUGGCACGCUCCUCCCGCCUGUACAAGGCCCGGGGCCGCUCCUACCAGCCCUACGAGAUCCCGGCGGUGAACGGGCGGCGGCGGCGGCGGAUGCCCAGCUCGGGCGACAAGUGCACCAAGGCCUUGGCCUACGAACCUUGCAAGGCCCUGCACGGGCCCCUGCCCCUCUGUCUUCUCAAAGGUAAGAGGGCCCACUCCAAAUCUCUGGACUACCUCAACCUGGAUAAAAUGAGCAUCAAGGAGCCAGCCGACACGGAAGUGCUACAGUACCAGCUGCAGCACCUGACCCUCAGGGGGGACCGCGUGUUUGCCAGGAGCAACACCUGAGCAGGCGCGGCGAGGGGCGGCCAGCCCAGGUGGGCCUGCGCCCGGCUGGGGAAUGCCCGCCGUGGGACUCUGUACAGGACUCUUGCAUCCUAGACGGCUGUAGCAGCCACGUGUUCCCGGGGCGCACACAGUGUGCGCACCAGAAUGCGAACGCGGGAGCGAAAUCACAGGGACUUGGGGGGGCACAUCAUCCUAGAGCACGCACCUGGCGAGGAGAGCGGACUGCCGGCCGUUGGCUUGUACAGCUCUGUAGCUAGGAGGAAGAGGCCUCGGCACCGCAAUACCAUCCGCAAAUGAUUCUGACCCUCCGGUGGGGAAUGUUAAUCUGCUUGGUUGUUGCUGACUUGGUAUGAUCCAUUAGAAAUUUAUAUCUAAUGUACUAAGGUACUCAAGUACUUCUUUAAUCUCUGUAUUUUACUAUAAAACGUAUGUAAUGAUUUGUUUUAUGAGAUUUAGAACUUGAACAUUGCUGAAUUGGACCACUUUUUAUUUUUAAAUAUUGAGUUUAAAUAUUUUAUAACUGGUUUUGCACUGAAAAACUUAACAUUUCAGAUCGACAAGAGAAUAAUCUUUCUUCACUUGCCUCAAUAGUAUUAUUGAGCAAUGAAUUUUUUUAUUUCCGCAUGGAAAGUUAUUGAUCUCUAUGGCUGUAAAAUAUUUCUUUAUAGCAUUAUUAAAGUGUGUCUUAAUACAAUUAAAUUUGGGAUACAAAGUAUUUAUUUUACAAUGGGUGGGGGGAAGCUUUUUCCAGAAAGUUUCCAAUACGACGUUUUCAUAAGCUCAAAAAAAAAAAAAAAGUUUCCUUCGUGCUUACUUUCUAAGUUAAAACUUCAUCUGCGACUUUAAAAUGGAAAGGAUUCUUUUAAUUGUGGACGAUAGGCAUAAUACUGUUUGCAUCUGAAUGUUCUGUAAGUGAAUGAAUUUUUAAUCGAAGGACUCAUGACUUCUGCUAACCGAAUGCUUCAACGGAGUAUGAAGUGACACCAUUCAGCAUGGCAUCGGGUCAUUCCGUUUAAGUUCUGUGCAGCUCACGCGCUCCUUGAAAUUCCAGUUUCUGGGAUUAGUGUGGGAGCCUAAAGUGCUUCUGCAGUUUUAAUGGGUUAAUCCUGGAUUACUUAACAAUUUAUGUCAAUUGCACUGGUUUAAUUUGUUGCUAAAGAAAUCACGCCCUGGCUUUAGUAACAAAUACAGCUCAAACUAUUCUUGAGUAUAUUUUGAGAGACAUGUAUGUAACUUAACCUUUUGUAAACAUUUCUAUUUCUUUUUUUUUUUUUUCUUUUUUGACUCUUGAAGGUGCAAUUUAUUACGGAAUUGGCAUUUCUGGCAGCGUAGACCUGCUUAUUUUAAAUUUUAGUUUGGGGGCCGUGAGUUUCUUAGGUCUUAGCAGCCUUGCUUUCUGAAGUAAGAACGCCUUUUAUCAAUGAGUGGGUCAUUCCUGGUGCAGAGACGAUUUUCCUUCGGCCAGGAUGAAUGGCAAACUCUGUCUAGAGCAGAAUAAGUUAUUAGGAAACCCUAGGAACUCUUAACCAACAUUUAUUAUUCUUUCACCGAGGCAGACAACGUGAAAGAGCCUUGGGGAUGUUGACCCAUAUCUUACCAACUUGAUCACACUUCUUGGGGGGCUGGAAAUUUUCAGCUGUUGUAUAUUUUAAGGUAAAUUGCACCUUUGUAACAUAUUGUAUUGACGAAUGAUCACUAAGAUUAACUCUAUCUAUACAGUCACUAGUUUGACAAGAAAUAGAAUCCUGUCAGAUGCCAAAGAGUUGGGAUUUUUACGUUUAAUGAUUAAACACCGUUAUUUAUUGAUGAUUUACCCUGUGGAACUGUAUUAUUUCUAACUAUGAAAUAAAAAGGGUGAUGUAAACACACAUUGUUGUGUGGUGCUUUAAACAAGGUCCAUCAUCAACAGGCUAGUUACUGUUCAAAAAUUCUGCCUAAGGACUUAUUUUUAGGCCCCAUUUUUGUAAAAAAAAAAAAAAAAAAAAAAAAAAACAAAAACAAAAA